AUGAAAAACUCGCCUUCCUACCAGAAACAAGUGAAUCAUGCUCUACAGGUUACGCUAAGCAAACUUCAACAUAGUGAAAAACGCAAAAAAGGAAUCAAUGUUUGGGAACAACUAAUACGAUUGCCUACACUCGAUAGAAUCGGCCGAAGGAAUAUAAUAAUUCUUUUAGAACGAAUCAUCUGUAAACGGACUAGCCUCGAAUCUAUUUGUCUGGAAGGUUUGUCAUUAACGCCAGACGAAGGUGUACGACUGCUAUUGGCAUUGUACAACUCUCGUAAAACAAUGAGAUACGUGUAUUGUUGGCGUGCAUUCGAGAAAAUGGUAGGACUCACGGUAGAUACUGCGUACACCGUCAAAUCAGGAUUUUAUACGGACAAAAGAAUCCAGAAAUGCGACUGGUUUCGCGCGAUCGGUUGCCUGGAGUUUCUCACAACCUUGUCUGUGAACUAUGCAUACAUAGCAACACCAACGGGAGAUCUACUCAUCAGUUUAGCCAAAAAACUUGGAGUGAACUGGCGUUGGCUGCAACUGUUGUGUUUGGAAGAAGAGAUCGUAGGAAAAUCUGAAUGCGGACUUAAUUUUGAUAAGGCCAUGAUACCGGACAGGGCAUGGGCAGCGGUUCACUUCUGGGCACCUGUACUGAAAGUGCAAUAUGCUAUUAUCGGGAUUCCACAGUACGAUGUGCAUAAAAAAUUUUUUACAAAGAACACCCCGAUUCAUACCUUUGCUCUAUCAACAGCAAUGGAUUUGAGAUUUCGGCAGCCCUGGUAUCUUGAUUGUACUAUUAAGACACUAUGCACAUGGUAUUCGGAUACUUUAGUAUAUCUGUGCCUUCAGUUAUGGCACAAUCGACAGAAUUUAGACGAACAAUUACGAAAACUAUUUGUUUACUUACCUUCGCUCAGAGUUUUUGAGUUUAUCGGCGAAAUCCGAACGUUAAAAACACUCUGCGGGAUGUGCUGUCAAAUACGAUCCGGACGUUGCAAUGUUUCCCGUGUUCAUAUGCAACUUCAGGAUAUCGUGCAUGACGAUUUUGAUAAAGAGAAAUGGGUGAAAAGCGUGAAGUGUUUAAUGAUUUGUUUUAAAUGUGAUUUCGAUAGAAUGGGCGUUAAGUUCGACAUUGAUUUUUAUUGUUGUUAAUAGAAAUUUUCGAACUAACGAAUAAUUACAAA